AUGUUGAGGACGUCUCAGUGCUCUACAGCUCUCUCUGCCUCUCUCUCCCUCUCUCUCUCUCCCUCUCUCUCCCUCCCUCUCUCUCCAGAUGACUCCUCCUCUGAGAGCGGCAGUGGGAACGGCCUGCCCACCGUGACCCCGCCCUCCGCCGGCGUGGCCACGCCCCCAGACAGCUCCGGGGGGAAGCAGGGGGCGUCCUACGGCCAGGUCGUCAACGGCAACGGGCCGCCCGCCCCCCUUGACUUCAGCACCACCUCCUCGUCCUCCUCAGAGGACCAGCAGCCAAUCAACUUGAGCGAACGUCUCCCCGUCGCCACGGCAGCACUCCUGGGCACCCUCCUACCAGAGCCCCCCGAUGAGCUGCACAGGAAGUACCCCGUCCCUGGCAAGCCCCUCCCCCUGCCCCUCCCCCUGCCCCUCCCCCUGCCCCUCCCCCUGCCCCUCCCCCUCCCCCUGCCCCUGGCACACCCCCACCCCACAGAGCUUAGGCUGGACAGAGACAUCAGGGACUAUGGCAGCAAGUCUCCUCAGUACAGCUCAGGGAGUUAUGAGAGUGUGAAGAUGGAGGUGGCUGCAGAGGACCUGACGGUGGGCAGAGCCCAGGGAGCAGACGAGGAUGACGACGAGCACGACGACCACGACGACAGCGACAAGAUCAACGACACAGAGGGCGUCGACCCCGAGAGACUAAAGGCCUUCAACAUGUUUGUGCGUCUGUUUGUGGAUGAGAACCUGGACCGCAUGGUCCCCAUCUCCAAACAGCCCAAGGAGAAGAUCCAGGCCAUCAUCGAGUCCUGCAGCCGCCAGUUCCCAGAGUUCCAGGAACGCGCGCGCAAGCGCAUCCGCACCUACCUCAAAUCCUGCCGCCGCAUGAAGAAGAACGGCAUGGAGACACGACCAACGCCACCUCACCUCACCUCUGCCAUGGCCGAGAACAUCCUGGCCGCGGCCUGCGAGAGCGAAUCACGGAAGGCAGCCAAGAGGAUGCGACUGGACGUGUACCAGGCCCACGAGGAGCAGAUUGCCCUGGACAAGCCUGUGUGUCGGGAGCCAGCCUCCCUAGCCCACUCGGCCUACUCCCUGGCUGCUUCGGCCUUCUCCCAGGACCAGCUCUACAUCAACGGCGGCCUCAACUACAGUUACCGUGGUUACGGCGGCCUGGGAGCCAGCAUGCAACACCCGGUCUCCCUGACAACAGGCACUGCUCAGAGUAACGGCCCAACAGACCUGAGCAUGAAGUCUCUGGGCUCCAACUCCUCCUCCUCCAGCUCUAACAGCCACGGGGCCCGGGGCGGGGGCGCGGGCGGGGCGGCGGGCGCUCAGCUCAGCCCCACCGAGGUCACGGCGGUGCGCCAGCUCAUUGCCGGCUACCGUGAAUCAGCAGCGUUCCUGCUGCGCUCAGCCGACGAGCUCGAGAGCCUCAUCCUGCAACAGAACUGAGAACCGAGACCCUCACCCCUCACCUCCCUCGCCUCCUCCCCUCUCACCCCCUCCUCCU